AUGCUCGGCCUGACCUUCGUCUUCUUCGUGGUGGAGGUGGUCAUCAGCCGGCUGACCGGCUCCCUGGCCAUGCUCUCCGACUCCUUCCACAUGCUGUCCGAUGUCAUCGCCCUGGUGGUCGGCCUGAUCGCCGUGCGCUUCGCCCAGAAGACCCGCUCCACCGACAAGAACACCUUCGGCUGGAUCCGGGCCGGGGUGAUGGGCGCUCUGGUCAACGCCAUCUUCCUCACCGCCCUCUGCUUCACCAUCGUGCUGGAGGCCAUCGAGCGCUUCACCGAGCCGCAGGCCAUCGAGCAGCCGCUGGUGGUGAUGGGGGUCGGGGCCGGCGGGCUGCUCAUUAACCUAAUCGGCCUGUGUAUGUUCCGGGACAGCGCCGGGGCCGCCCACGGGCACUCGCACGGAGGAGGAGGCGGAGGAGGAGGACACGGGCACGCGCACGGGGGGAAGAAGAACCGGAGCCGGGGGGAGAGAUCGGCCGGAGAGGGGGCCGCCCUGGACCGGGAGGAGACCAACAACCUGGUGGAGAACUGGGCCAACGGACCUGCCGUGGAGGUGGUGCCGGGAAAGCACGUAGAUGCUUUGGCAGACAAUAAAGUGGAACACAGACUGAAUGGGAAUGUUGUGCAAAACAACUUGGUAGAAAUUCAUGAAGAUGGUUCUCAACUCAACAUGCGAGGAGUUUUUCUUACAUGUUCUUGGAGAUGCAUUGGGUUCUGUUAUUGUGGUCGUCAAUGCUUUAAUAUUUUAUAUGGUUUUUAA